GUUUGACAGGAGGCUGUCCUUGGGUAGCCGAGCUAGCAAGAGCGAGCUAAACAACGAAUAUAAAUCUUCUACAUUUACUCUGUGUGAAGUUGUCGAUUCUGGAGUUGUUUGGCCCACUGCCCACCUCAGGUCAGAGCUGAGGGUUGGGGUCAGGUCUUGGGCUAAUGUCAUACAGUCCUGGUGAAGAGGGGGGUCUGUCUCAGGCUGCCCCAAACGCCCCAAACAGUCGAGACCUGUUUGACAACACCACGCAGACUGUGGCAACAGGGAACACACCUGAGGAUCUGGUGUCCCCUAUGGUGGAUGAGGCUUCUCCUUCUUCCACGUCCUCCUUUGAGAUGCUUGACAUGGACUCGGUCCCAGCUCCUUAUCAAGAAGUGCAGCCUCACUGGUUCUUCUGUCGACGGGCUGAGGACAACACCUCCUGGCUUCCUUUCAGCAGAGAGGACUCUGAUAAACUAGAGAAUGCCUUCAACGCUGUAGGAAAAAAGGAGACGGAGGUGGUGGUAGCUGUGGAUGGAGAGCGGUAUGACGUACAUGUCAAGGAGAGGAAGCGCUACGCUGUGUACUGGGAGCAAGCUCCCACAGAAGUCCGUCGCUGUACCUGGUUCUAUAAAGGAGAUAAAGACACCAGGUUCAUGCCUUACCUUGAGGACUUCAGCAAAAGUCUAGAGGAGGCCUAUAUGAUUGCAGUAACCUUGGAUGAAUGGAAGAGGAAACUGGAGUUUCCCACUGGAGAGACUGUCAUUUUACACAAUCCCAAACUGAUAAUGCAGUAUCAGCCAAUAGGAUUGCAGGAAGAGUGGGUUUCCUCUCCCUCGGAGCAGACAAGGCCUCGGACAGUCAAGAGAGGAGUGGACAACAUCUCUGUAGAAAUACCUGAUGGUGAACCAGAAAAAGUGGACCACCUCGUCUUUAUGGUCCAUGGUAUUGGUCCUGCAUGUGACUUGCGCUUCAGAUCCAUCAUACAGUGUGUAAAUGACUUCAGGAGUGCUUCCCUGUCCCUCCUGGCCUCUCAUUAUAAGCGUGCUCAGCAGGAAGGUGUGGUAGGAAGAGUUGAGUUCCUUCCAGUCAACUGGCACAGCGCUCUACACGGGGAUGCCACUGGGGUGGAUGAGGACAUCCAGAGGAUCACUCUACCCAGCAUCAGCAGGCUGAGACAUUUCACCAACGACACUCUGCUAGACCUGUUUUUCUAUAACAGCCCCACCUACUGCCAGACCAUAGUAGACACAGUGGCCUCAGAGAUCAACAGGCUGCACACCCUCUUUAAACAGAGACACCCAGACUUCAAUGGGGAAGUUUCAGUUGUGGGCCAUAGCCUGGGUUCGCUGAUCCUGUUUGACCUGCUAACCAAUCAGAGGACUGGAUCAGAUCCCAGAAAGGGGGUGCCUCCUAAUGAGCCCUUUCCUCUGAACUGUGACACACUGGAGCAGACUCUGACCAGACUGGGCCUACAGCAAUACCUGGACACACUACAGGCAGAAAAUGUAGACCUGGAAUCACUGACUCUUUGCCAAGACAGUGAUCUCAAAGACUUAGGAAUUCCUCUCGGACCUCGGAAGAAGAUCCUGAACUAUGUCAGGAGGAAAUGGCUUCCAGAGGAUUCCAAGACAGGAGCAGUACAUCUGGCACCUGGGUUGCAAGUUCCACCUCAAGUGACCAGUGAUCACGAUAGUUACCAGUCUUCAGGCUUGACGAUGCAGCAGUCCCAGUUCCACAGGGCACAGUCUGUCACCAGUGCAGUAGACUACGAAUACUUUAACAUGGGCAUCGGACAGGUAUCCAUUGAUUACCCACAGCUGGCUUUCCACCCUCAAACUUUUUUUGCUUUUGGCUCUCCUAUUGGAAUGUUCCUGACCGUUCGUGGGCUUAAACACAUCGAUCCCAACUACACCUUCCCGACCUGCAAAAGCUUUUACAACAUCUACCACCCAUUUGACCCUGUGGCCUAUCGGAUAGAGCCCAUGAUUGUGUCAGAGGCCGAUCUGGAGCCCAUGCUAAUCCCUCACCAUAAAGGCCGCAAGAGGAUGCACCUGGAACUAAAGGACAGCUUGACUCGUAUGAGCAUGGAUUUGAAGAAUAAUGUUUUGGGAUCAUUGCGGACAGCAUGGCAGUCCUUUGCCAGAUUACCAGUCGCUGCACUGCCCCCAGUGGAGGAGGGUGAAACUACAAUAGAGAGAAACCUUCAAGAGGCCCAAGGAGUGUGUGAGGAGGCAGAGCCCUCAGUGUCAGCAGAGCAACCCGAGCAGCCAGAGAUUAAAGUGGGGAUGUUAAAUGGCGGACGACGAAUUGACUAUGUACUUCAGGAAAAACCCAUCGAGAGCUUCAAUGAAUACCUGUUUGCCAUCCAGUCUCAUCUGUGUUACUGGGAAUCUGAGGAUACAGCUCUCCUGCUGCUGAAGGAGAUCUACGACAAGCUAGAUGUGGCAUUUGAACAGCCACAACAAUAACUGCGUUGUAUGAAUGCAGACUUGCUUUUUAACAUGACAGUAAGCUGAGAGUGAGAAAAUAAAGGACAGCUGACAGAAUCAGAGGCUUUUCAAUCCUCUUCCAGAAUGCCUUACUGUCUGGGUGUUGCCUGUCUGCCCCGCCCUUUUCUCCCUUGACAACUCACACUGUUUGGCUGCAGUCAGGUGAUCUCGGUUUAGAUAAAUCAGUCAACUUUAACGCUGCGGUGGCGUCUGCUUGUUGGUGCUGCCUAAACUACCACAGCAGUGUCUGAUGGUGUUUUGAUAUCCUCCAAACAUCACUGUCAUGCUCCUAAUCGCACUUUUCUGUCAUACUAUAUUUUAAGUUACUUUGCACUUUCACUUACCAACAGUUGUUGACAUAUCAUGUAUGCAGCUGAAUAAUAUUGUGAUAAUGAGCAGAAGAUACGCACAAUACUUGUUCAAGUACAUAAAAACACAUCCGGUGGAGCAUCAAGUAGAAUGCUUAUCACAUUGUAUUACACGUCAAACUGGAAUUAAUUCUCAUAAUAUAAUCUAUCAAAUGUUAUAUAUUUCCCAGCCUAUGUAGAGCCUCCAAAAAUCAGAAAGGCAAAAAUAUAAAUAUAAAUUAGUGUAAUUCUUAUUAUGUGUGUUCAACAGGGCCUGGCCCUUUAAACUUCAAGCGCUCUUGAUCAAGGACGAUCCCUCAUGGCCAAACAUUAGGCCACACCUUUAUAAACAACUACAUCAGGUGGUUUUAUUUGGUUGACUGUAUGUCUAUGUAUGUUUACUUUCUGAUCAGGAAAAUUUAAGGUUGAUGUAUUGUCCAUCACAGUUUCUCCAGGCAGCUUAAUUUUCUCUCUGAUAACAUUAAGGUCAGUUGAAACCCAAGAGCAGCUGCUCCUACAUUUGUGCAAUGUAACAAUAAUGUUAAAAAAUCCUUUUUCAUUUUACAGAUAUAGUUCAUUUUUCCUUCUAAUCAUAUUUUUAUUUCACUUGCAAUAUGUAUUUCAGUUUAAUCAUAUCUAAACAUGGGAAGUAAUCCAGAUGAAGACUUGUUUCAGAAAUGAAGUAGAGAAACGCAGGCGCCUGAAAGGUCGAACUGGUCGUCUUUUCAUAGUGUGUGAAUGCAUGUAUGCACUGUAAGCACAGUAUGUAUGUUAUAGCAGUGUACAGAAAGACCAGUUCCACUUUCUCUCCCCCAGGUCUGUGCCAUUCUUCCUUUACCACUUUCUUUUUUAUGCUAUUUUGCAGUUGACCCAAAAUGUAUCUGUCUAUAAUUCCUGCAGUAUAUUUUUUAUACUGACACCAUCUGGCAUCCCACAUAGGAAAUUUGAACUUUUGCAGUGUCAAAGAGCCAAGUGGUAUAUGUUUUUCUCAUCUGUUCUAAUAAUAUUGUAAAAUGAUCUUUUCCAUUUGUAUUGCAUGCACUUCUUUGUAAUGGUAGAGCAGGGUUUCUCCACAUUUUCUGGUCCUGACCCAAUACUUGGGUCCCAAAAUGUUCAUAAUUCCCAUGGGCCCAUUAAUAAGAGAAUUUUCACAUUGAAAUUGUAUGAAUUUGAUUUAAAGAGCAUGAUAAUAUACAUUAUAUAGAACCUAUGUUUCAAAUCAGAUUAAUUUAUUUUAUAUUAAAAUAUAUGAAACAAAUAUCACAAAUCUGCAUCUCCAUAUAAAGCAACAUGGGGUCCAGACUGCAAAGUUGAGAAACUCUGUGCUGAGUGAUUUAACUUUAUAUAAGACUAUAUGUUAUACAGUGUCAGGGCACACAGCCUCCACCACCAAAACUCUGAACGACUGUAUCUCAUUUUUCUUCCUUCAGAAAAGCACUGACUACUAAAUUAUUAUGCUGACGUUUUCCUGAACCUCACAUUUUUCUGUCAUUUUUCGUGUUUAAACAGUAAAAUAGGACUUUAAGGUCCAUGGCUCCUCUUCUUUACCAUAAAUGUUGUUUUUUGCACUUGAUAAUACAAUGUUGAUACAUACCAAAAACAAAUGUUGUCACAUCUGAAUACACACACUAUGAAUAUGGUUACAUGUUUUGUGUGCCAUAA